AUGGAGGUCUGGGUUUUAGGAUUUACGGACUUUGCCUUUGUGCGGGAGCAGAGGAGCCUCCUCCUCGCUCUGGCGGAGCGCGGUGCUUCGUGCACGGCUUUUCAGGGUGAGAACCUCCCUGUCUUCGACUUGCUAAUUUUAGGAGUGGGGCCAGAUGGUCACACUUGCUCCCUCUUUCCAGGUCACCCCCUUUUGCAGGAGAAAGAGAAAAUUGUUGCUGCUAUUACUGAUUCUCCAAAGCCGCCGCCAGAACGGAUAACGUUAACUCUGCCUGUGCUUAACGCAGCGCGGACUGUUGUGUUCGUUGCUACAGGGGAGGGUAAAGCUGCUAUUUUAAAGCGCAUUUUGGAAGGUGAUGAGGAAAAGGCCCUUCCUGCUGCUCUUGUUCAACCUCAUACUGGGCAGCUGCACUGGUUCCUGGAUGAGUCUGCAGCCAAGGAACUGACUGUUCCCUUUGAGAAACAUUCAAUCUUAUAGAACCAAAUGUUUGACCCGAUUUCAUGGCAGGAAUCGGGCGGUGGUAAAU